GGAGCGGCGCCAUGGCUGCAGCGCUGGGUCUGGGGCUGCUCUUGGAGCUCCUGGGGGACCCGGGGGGCGCGACCAAAGUUCUCCACUCACUGCAUUACCUGGCUGUGGGGGUGUCAGAGCCCAGCCCAGGGAUCCCCCAGUUCAUGUCCAUUGGGUUUGUGGAUGGGAUCCCCUUCACGCGCUACAACAGCGAGCGGGGCCGGGUGGAGCCACUGACACAGUGGAUGAAGGAUGGAGCUGAGCCGGAAUAUUGGGAGGGGCAGACCCAGAUUGCUGUAGGGAACCAGCACGUGGUUGCCAGGAACCUGGAGACAGCGCGGGAGCGGUACAACCAGAGCAGGGGUGUCCAGACAUUGUUGCGAGUUUAUGGCUGUGAGCUCCUGUCCGAUGGGAGCGUCCAUGGGUCCUACCAGGAUGGCUACGAUGGGCGGGAUUACAUCUCCUUUGACCUGGAAUCUGGGAGAUUCGUGGCGGCCGACAGCGCUGCUGAGAUCACCAGGAGGCGCUGGGAACAGGAAGAGGAGGCUGAGAGGUGGACGAAUUACCUGAAGCACAUCUGCCCAGAAUGGCUCCAGAAAUACAUCAGAUAUGGGCAGAAGGAGCUGGAGCGCAAAGAGCCCCCUGAUGUCCACGUGUCCGGAAGAGAGGAACAUGGGACGCUGAUCCUGUCCUGCCACGUGUACGGAUUCUACCCCAACACCAUCGCAGUCAGCUGGAUGAAGGGGGGUGAAACCUUGGAUCAGGAGACGGAGUGGGGCGGGAUCGUUCCCAACAGCGACGGCACCUUCCACACCUGGGCCAGGAUCGAGGCGCUGCCGGAGGAGCGGGAGCAGUACCGGUGCAGGGUGGAGCAUCCCGGAAUGCCAGAGCCCGGGAUCUUCGCUUGGGAGCCGACAUCUGGCGGGAAUCUCACUGUGGUGGUCGCUGUGUCCAUCAUCGCUGCCAUCCUCAUCCUCAUCGUCCUCAUCGGAUUCGGCGUCUGGAAGCUCCAAUCCGGGAGGAGGGACAGGAAUGGAUACAACCCGGCAGCUGGAAAAGAUGUGGGAACCAAUGGCGUGAGCACAGGAAUCGCCGCCUGAGCAAUCCAUGGAGUUGGAUCUGGCCCCUUUCCUCUUCCCUGGAAAGCUGAGAGCUGCCAGCAGAGCUCAUCCCGCUGCUCCCACCCACCCCACAGCUCUUGCUAACAGAUCCAUUUCCCAUUUUCCAAUGUUUUAAAGGCAAAAACCGCAAAUAUUCACAAUGCUUUGCUUCUGGUGUGAAACUAUCCUGCUUUGGGCAAUAAAUCCAGGUUCUCUC